CGAGCUUUCAUCUGUAACUCUCAGCUUAACCAACCAAACUUUCGAAUCACUAUCGACUGUACUAUGACAGACAACGAGACUAAACCGCUGAGGCUGCUUUCCAUUGAUGGAGGCGGCAUCCGCGGCAUGUCCGCGCUGCUCAUCAUCCGCGAGAUGAUGAAACGUAUCGAACACGAGGAACGUCUCUCCUCGACUCCGGCCCCUCACGCGUACUUUGACAUGAUUGGCGGCACUGGUACUGGCGGGAUCAUCGCCCUCAUGCUCGGUCGUCUUCGCAUGUCGGUCGACGACGCAAUCAAGGAGUACGAUGGCUUCGUCAAGGCCGUGUACGUCGAUGGGCGGAAGCGUCGGGGCGAGGAGAUGUUCAGGGCGGAGGCCCUCAAGGAAAAGAUGCGCGGGAUUGUCGGUGCCUACUGCAGCGGCGCUAAAGAUGCCCGCAUGGUCGAGGACGACGGGUGUAAAGUAUUUGUGUGUGCCAGCUAUAAGGAUAAUGUGGCUCCGGGUAGGCCGUCUCUUCUUCGUACCUACAAGGUGUCGAGGAAUGCAGGACCCAACUGCAUGUUAUGGGAGGCUGCUCGUGCUACUACUGCUCAUCCUGGGCAUUACAAGCCCAUCACCAUCUCUGAUGGAGUGGUUAACCACGAAUAUGUUGAUGCGGGCAUGGGCUCGAACAAUCCCUGCCGUGUCUUGCUUGAUGAAGCUGCAUCUGUGUACCCGACCCGUAGUCUCGGGGCUGUGGUCAGCAUUGGGACUGGUCGUGCACAGACCAUUGGUGUACCUGCAGGUGGUGUCCGUGAUAGAAAGCUGUUGUCUUCGGACCUGCUUGGUGUCCUCCGUGAUGUUGCUGUGGACUGUGAGAGGGUAUCAGAGGAGAUGGUGAAGCACUUCCUCCACUACCCGGAGUUGUACUUCUGGUUCAAUGUGAUGCAUGGCAUGCAGAAUGUAUCCUGGGAUGCAUGGGACAGGCAGAGUGCAGUUGCUGCCCACACUGCAGAUAUCUGCAGAUGAUGGAUGUUAAUUCUCGAGUUGAUGUAUGUGUUCAAGUGG